GCGGGUCGGGGGCUGGCGGCGACAGCGGCGGGGCCGGGCCGGGGCCGCUCCCGAGGCCGGCUGGGCGCCGCGGAUUGCGGCCUCCUCCCUGCCCCCGCAGACACCACCAGGGAGACCGCGAGGCUCACGGCUUUGCUGAGGAGGCGGCUUGGGCACCCUGGUCUCCGAUACCCUCUGAUGUAAGAGGUUUGAAGACGACUGCUCUUCCUUCAAAAGUAACGUGCUCGCAGUCUUCCUGGCCAAUGAUUCUUCUACAGCAAGCAGGACUUCUUCCUCAUCCUGAGAAGCCUUCAUCUCUUCCUAUGUCAGUGGCUACAAGGCCAAGAGCCAACUCACCACUGUCCCCACCAAAAUCUGUCGGACUGGGGCCUUCCUUUCAUCACACACAAGAGGAGGAGCUUGCAAAGGUGGUGGAGCAGGACCCUAUGUUGGAGGAACUAUGUAAGCCUCUGUGCUGUAAGCUUUGCAAUGUCACUCUGAAUUCAGCCCAACAAGCCCAGGCUCAUUAUCAGGGUAAAAACCAUAGCAAGAAACUCCGAAACUACUAUGCUGCCAAUAGCUGUCCAGCACCUGCUAGAAUGAGUAAUUCAGUUGAGCCUGCCCCACCUCAAGUUGUUUCGCUUCCAGCUCAGAUGGGAUCCAGUAAACCAGGUGGCCGAGUGAUCUUGGCCACAGAGAAUGAUUACUGCAAGCUUUGUGAUGCCUCGUUUAGUUCUCCGGCUGUGGCACAGGCUCAUUACCAAGGGAAGAAUCAUGCCAAGCGGCUGCGUCUUGCAGAAGCACAGAAUAACUCAUUCUCGGAUGCAUCAGAACUAGGCAAACGGAGAGCAAGGAAAGAAGGGAACGAAUAUAAGAUGAUGCAGAACAGAAGAAAUAUGUAUACAGUUCAAAACAACACAGGUCCUUACUUCAAUCCCCGCUCACGACAGAGGAUUCCUCGGGAUCUGGCCAUGUGUGUCACCCCCAGCGGCCAGUUUUACUGCUCCAUGUGCAAUGCUGGGGCCAGUGAGGAGAUGGAGUUCAGACAGCACUUAGAAAGCAAACAGCAUAAAAGCAAGGUGUCCGAACAACGGUAUAGGAAUGAGAUGGAGAACCUAGGCUACGUACAAUGACACGCCACCUUUGGUAGUAGUUUGCGAAUAGAGCAGCUUGUCUCUCGCCUGCUGUUUGCCACAUGCCCUGCUUUGUGCUCCAUUUAAUAGGAGUAUGCUCUUGAGCUAUACAUGUAACACCUGCAAACUUAAUGGUAUGGUUAGAUUUUUUUUCUAUCAUAGUUGGCAGGAUGAUGCUGUGCAGGACAUGAAGCGUUUUGAUGUUUGUUUGCUAGUUAUCUAAGGCUCUUCAUUGUAUCGAGUGGGGGGACUCUGUCUUCUCCACAGCCUUCUGCAUGAAUAUGCAAAGCCCAAGAAGUGCUGGGAACUUCUGUGAUUCUGCCAUAUAGGUGGAUCUUUUGCAAAGCCCACUCCUCCCUUGGCAUGCCAGAGAGCAAUGUUUCUGAAUGUCUUGCUAGAGCAAGGUGAAUUUCUAGGCAGUUUGGAAGAGAGGGAGAGGAAUGGGGCCUGUGGAUAUGUUUUUAGAUUGUUUACUUGUCCACAAAUUGCUGCUGUGGCCCCUAUUACAGCCCACAGGAAGUUCUUCCCACAUCCCUGUAGAAAGACUACACACCUCUCGUCCUUGGAUGUUCUUGUCUCCUUCCUCUGUGGUGAAGAUUUCAAUCUAAGAUCUGUCAUUAGUUAUCAGCUGAUUAGCCACAUCCAGAAAUACUUUGUUCUACUGAACGGCUAACAGAGAAGAAAGAUUUUCAGUGCUGUAGUUGGCUGGACACCUUAAUACACCAUGGGUGUAGCUCACCUCCCUGAGGAGAGCCUGUGUGGGUCGCAGUGGUCUAAUGAAGUGAAAUGGAAAGCAAACCUCAUCAGACUGGGUGUACUGUGUUCUGAUUCAGUGUUAGGUCAUGUGGGUUGAGGAUGGGUUGGAAGGAGCUGUCAGCUGUAAUUUCUUUGCAUACUGAUGUAGAAUAGGACAGAUGUUGGUCUGUGGCCUGCAGCUACCUUGCUAUAGAAGAGCAGGGCUGCCUGGACUUUGGGGAGCAGAUAUCAACUGUUUCCCACUUUCAUGCCAUUCCCUGCAACUAGGCCCAAUGGUGAGGUGAAAUGCUCCCCUGAACUAGAGCUACCAAUAUUGAAUGAAUUCAUUUUUUCUCCCCAUCUCAGACUGAAUUUUAAUUGCAUUUCUUGAUGUGAACAUCGCUGUUUCAGGGACCACCUAAACUCCAAAACUAGGUAGGAUGUAGGUGUCAGAUGUGACAAUUGUUUGAGUAACAGUUUCUUGGCCAAGCAGAAGUAUUCAUCAGACUUGUUAAGCAAAUCUUUAAGUGUAGAGAAACCCAAAAGGCAUGCAUCUGUUUUGAUUUUUCUUAGAAGUAGUAGAAAGGGGAUAAAGAGCAGAAGUAGGGCUGCCAUUUAUUUUUCUACUCAUUUGGGUAGGUGUUAGGAGCUGUGAUUGGAAUCCAAUUCACAAUGUUUCUAAAACAUCAGCUCCAGCGGCAAGUGCAGCAUGUAGCUAGCCUCCUUUGGACCUGAUUUACCACUGUGCUGCUAUAGCUCUACACUGGUAUAGCUUCCUUGACUUCAGUGGCAGGUGCAGAGAGGGGGUAAAGGAAGCUUCACAGCUUAUCUCCCAUUUUCUUUAGGCAGCAAGUUGAAUUAGAUGCAGUUCUAUUGAUUUCAAUAGGAUUUUGCCAGGGAUAAAUUUACCCCAAUGUGUGAUGUUGAAGGAAGCCCCCAUUUUUCUUUUUUAUUGACAUUCUGAUCCUGCUGCUUGCAUUCCAGAAGGCUUUUCUGCUUGCCUUAAAAACAGAAAAACAAACAAGAAGGAUUUUUUUUUAUUCAUCUUUCUAGUUCACCUCAAAGGUUUGUGAGUAAAUGCUGUUCUUCAGAAACUGAGUAUCGUAUCUGUAGCUACCUGAGCAUCAGCUAGCCUUGCAACCUUAAUUCAGCCCUCCUAAAUCCAGGGAGGGUGAGCUCUUCCACAGUAGUUGAAAGCAAAUUCCUGCAUCAUUCCAUGCUGAUUCCUGCCCUGUAGAUACAGGCAGGGCAGUGGGUGUCCCCUUGAAUGGGAUUCCCUCCCCUCCUUUGUGCAAAGUCUAAUUAAUAGACACUGGAGCUCGUUGGAGUGUAGGAGAACAGAUGCCCAGGUUGUAGAACGCUAACUGAGCUGUUUCGACAGCUUGUACAUCUCUUUCUCCUUUUCUGCCCCUGGCCCAUCACCCUUAUGCUGCCUUGAAGAUUGUCCUCGCAACACCUCUUGUCAGCUUUUUAUUUCUCCCCUAUCCUUUGUGGUCAAAUAAGGGCUGAUCCUCUCCUUGCGUUCUGUCUUUUGUAGUUUCCCUCGUGUGGCACCACUGUGCAGGGACAGAGGGAGCUGGAUGAGCCUUACCACAGUGUGUUUAACCAGAGUGAUCCCUGCUUUGUGGUUAAAUGUGCUGUAACUUUAAAGCAUGAUAUUUCCUGCAGACUGUAAUUAGUAGCAGAAAAACAGCUCUUUGUGAAAUAAGAGCUUGGGAAGUAGGUACUGGUGUUGUCUAGCCUAUUGCUUCAAUCAACAAGGCAUUUUUCUCUGCUUUUGCAUGUCCCAGCACCACCCCUUCUUUGGGUUGUUGCUUCAGCUCCCAGCUCAGCAAUCUGCUCCUCCUUUGGCAUUUUCAGUGGCUAUAUUCAUAUCCUCUGGAAGCCUGGCUGCUGGAAGUGGCAAAAACUCAGUUUGCUCCGUGUGCUAUCGCCUUCUGUCUGUGUGACCACUUCCCUGGGCGCCCCCCUCACGCCAACUGGUGCAAGUGUGCUGCAGUGCGUUAGUGUGCUAACGCGUAUGGGAGAGUGUGUGUAGGAGCUGCAGGUGGCUGUGCUUGCGGGCUGCUCUCUGGGGUUGAGUCAAGUUUUGAGGAGUGGCCCUCAACAGGGAGGCAUUUAGCCAGUUUGUUGCCUUCGCAAGAAAACACGGAUUGAAUGUUGUCAUCCUGAGAUACUCGGAGUGCUCCCAGGUGAAAAGUAGGAAGUGGGGGCUGAAGCAACAGAUCUCCAAAGCAGGAAUAAAGGUAUUUAUUGCUGAGAGAAGCAGCUGAGACUUGCUUUACCCCCAGACUCCAUUGUAGCCCUACCCUACGAGUGACCAAAGCUUGCCUCUCCCAUUUCAGUGUCACAUAACCAAGAGAAAAAUGCUGCCUCACUAAUAUUGUUAGGGUUAAGGCCAUUGCAAACUCAAACCCUUCAGCAAGAGAAGCAGGGCUCAUCCUGAUUGUAUUUUUUUUAAUGAAAGUCACUGCCUAAAUUGGCAUUCAAAAUGCAUGUUUAAAAUGCAUCCUGGCAUAACCUUAUAUGGCAUAGAUGGGCUGGGGAGAAUGCUGUAUAGCUAUAGUACCACUUUACAGACCCAAUGAAUCUUGUUCUUAAGUUAAAUGAAAUAAUGAAAUAACCAAACUCAAGAAAUAGGACUUCUGUGAAGCUCUCACAUUGGCCAGUAAGUUAAUGACCUUUGCUGCUAGAAACAAAAUAUAAAUCAGUGUGUUCAUAUUUAUUUUACUGUGCUGACCACUAAUUGACUUGUGAAUAUUUAAGGCAUGAUACGGUAGGUUGUUUUUGUUUAAGUAGAAAACUCUACGUUGCACUUUGCUUUUUGGAUCAGAACGGAUAUUUAUUAUAUUUGUGAAAGUGUUUUCUGCCCCAUAUAUGUAUUGUUUUUUCUUCUUUGAUUGGAAAAAAAAAAGAACAAAAAAAAAAAAAAAAAAAAACAAAUCCCAAACCCCAACAGUGAAUCUCUUUUGAAUCUCUUUCCAUACCAAACAAAAUUGGGAUUUCCUUGUAGCUCUUUCUUAAAUGUCCAUUUCAACUUUUUUUUCUUCUCUGGUGAGUCCUUUGGUAACUUGGGACAAUAUUUUUUGAGACCCAUGAAUUUCUUAAAACUUUUAAGCAUUUCUUUUAAGGCAAGGAAGUAAACUGUAUGGAAGCCAUGUAUUUGUGAGGAGUUUGAAAGUGAUACUAUUUUGUUUGUAUUAGGCAUUAGCUGUUACUUUGCAAUCUGCACUAAUAAGUAAAUGUGUUAUAAUCUUACGUAACGUUUGUCUCUGAGUUUUUACUCUUCUGGUGUACAUCAAAAGGAACCCUGAGAACAUCUGUGGAGUUGCUUAGGAUGGUCAUCAGUGUAACAAAAUGCAAUUUCUUUUUAUCUGUAAAACUUCUCAUCUUUCUUCCUUUUCUAUUUGCCCGUUAUUGGGCAUUUGGAGGGAAAGCUAUUUCUGUAAGCACAGAUUCCUCUUGUUUUGGUUUACUAAUGCAUGAAGUCUUUUUGCAACAUUGCUUAAGCAGCACUCUCACUAAUCGAUGGAAUUUUGCCCAAGUGGGGAGUAAAUGAAAUAGCCUAGCUAAAUGUUAGCUAGGCCCAGAAAAAGUAGACUGCUAAAAUUUGUCUCUUUCUGCUGUUUCGAUUACAACACUUUCACAGUUUUGCUUUUUGGAGAUUGUUUAUCUUACUCUGUAAGGAUUUGGUCCUGCUCCAGCUAAAAUAGUUUAAAGUUUGUCUUUGGUUGAUUAGGAACAAGCCUUUAAACCCUUCAGGAAUUGCAUACUGAUAUUUUCUCAUAUAUGCUUUUUUUUCUUUUGUUUUCUUUUUACAACUGUAUAUACAAGGAUGCUCUGGAUGAGACCUCUUAUUUCCAAUUAUGGGAAAACAAAUGUCAAGGUUUCCAAAAAGAAUGAUCUGACAAAGUCCAUGUAUUCUCAGGAAGACUGGAGAAGUAUGGACUUGAUUUCUUCGAAGUUAGUGCCUAAGCUCCCAUUGUUUUGAGCUGGGCCAUCUUCUUUGCCAUUCGCAUAACAUUAGAAGUGAAAAUAAAAUCCACUUUCAUACAAAUAGGAUCAAACAAUAGCUUUGGACAUCUCUCAUUUUAAAAGAUGUAUCACAAUUAAAAUAUGUAUCUAUCUGAAGUAUCUGCAGGUAAAGGCAGGAGGGCAGGUUUUAUUUUUUUAAUAAAUCAGACCUAAAAUAUUGUAUGUAAAUAUAUGAGGCUUUUCAAUCUGUGUUUUGUGGGGGGAAAGAAGGACUUGAUUUAACUUCCUUCUGCGUUUGUCCAGCAACGUCAUUUGCAAGAGCUUUGAAUGUAUUUCAUCUAGAGCCUUCUUGUCAGGUUGGUUUUGUACAUUUGUCCUUCUUUUCUUUAUAUUGUACUGACCCCUCUUGAGGGAAUAGUGGAUGAAAAUGAACUUUUCUUCAGUAUAUAAUAAAUCAUCUUGCUCUUA